UUAAAUGGAAUUCCUCAGAAUACUGUGUUAAGCAGACCGAUGCAAAAGAAGUUAGUAACACUCAUCAAUUGCCAACUUGUUGAAGAAGAAGGUAGAACACGGGGAAUGAGAACAGCAAGAUCUUUGGGUGAACGUUCUGUUACAGAAUUAAUACUGCAGCAUCAAAAUCCCCAGCAGUUAUCUGCGAAUUUGUGGGCUGCAGUAAGAGCUAGAGGUUGCCAAUUUUUAGGUCCAGCUAUGCAAGAAGAAGUGUUAAAACUUAUUUUGCUGACACUAGAAGAUGGAUCAGCAUUAUCUAGAAAAGUUUUGGUAAGAUUUGUUGUGCAACGCUUAGCUCCUCAUUUUCCACAAGCAUCUAAAACUAGUAUAGGCCAUGUUGUUCAGCUGCUAUAUAGAGCAUCUUGUUUCAAGGUUUCUAAACAUGAAGGUGAUUCGUCAUUGAUGCAACUGAAAGAAGAGUUUUGUGUGUAUGAAGCACUUAGGAGAGAGCAUGAUGCCCAGAUAGUGCAAAUAGCAACUGAUGCAGGAUUACGUAUUGCUCCAGAGCAGUGGUCCUCACUUCUGUAUGGUGAUACAGCUCACAAAUCUCAUAUGCAGUCUAUUAUUGAUAAGUUGCAAACACCUCAGUCAUUCUUGCAGAGUGUUCAGGAAUUAGUCAUCGCACUUCAACGGACUGGCGAUCCUGGAAAUUUAUCUGUUUUAAGACCACAUUUGGAAUUACUAGCUGGUAUAGAUCCAGGUCCAGAUACACCACCACCUUCAUGGAAAGAUUUGAAAAAUGCUCAAGAAGCUACAAAGAUUGUUGUUAAAGGACUGGUAGAAUUUCUGCAAAAUUUUGGUAAUCGUAAGCUGCAUGAAGACAGACCAAACUUGAAUACAAAAUAUAAAACAAGUAUGUGUCGAGAUUUAACACAGCGUGGAAGUUGUCCUCGUGGUACUAGUUGCACGUUUGCUCACUCUCAAGAAGAGCUGGAUAAGUUUAGAACAAGAAAUAAACGUAGUUUUGGAAGUUUGAGUUCCGGGCCAAGUGCAAGAAGUGUUGUUUCUGAUAAUUCUACUGGCAAGCCAAAAGAUAAUGUUGUAUCUUCAAAUAGUUCUUUGUCAGUUAAUGUAAACAGUCAUGGUACUUCUGAAGCUCUGAUAUCAUCAAUAUGUGGAGCAUCAAAUGAUUCUUUUGUUGGACAGUUCAUUUCAGAAAGUUUUUCUUGUGCUGUUACUGACACAGUCGUAGAAAGCUCCAGCAUUCAUUUCUGCAACUCAAAAAUUAGUGGCAGAUGCAGUGUUUCUGAUCCUUGCACUGAGUUAGGUAUUCAUCCUUCCUCCCAGACAGUUCAUAUACUUAAUCCAGAUUCUCCAGCAUUUCAGCCAUCACCAACAAAAUCAUCUCUUCUCCCUAAGCAUUCGUCCUAUCAGACACUAACUACGACUACCGUUUGCUCAUCUUUUUCAUCUGCUGUCCUCAGUGCUAUUCCAACUACAGUUACAAGUUUACCUACUACAAAAUGGAAGUUAAAUGAAAUGUGCCAAUCUCAGCAACUUGUGCAAAAUACUUCAAGCUUUCCUACUGAUGCUCUUGCAUUAUCAACAUCUUCACUGUCUAUAAGCCAUAUUAUGACUACUGUGCAGUCCAAAAGUUCUCCAUCUACAUCUAAGCCAAGUUUGAAUACUCAGAGACUAGAAUGCCAGUCAUUAGCUGCUCUUCAGCAGAGAAGAAAGCAGUUGUUGGCUCAGUUGAGUGUUACUAAAUAUGCAAACCCUCCGUCUGAAAACGGAGUAUUUCCUCCUUCCAAUACUGAAAUGAUGUUAAAAGCUGUGGAAGAUAGUAAUGCAGUAUCAUUUUAUUCACCAUGGACCUCUGCAAAUAUUUUUUCUUAUGGCCCACCUUCAUCAAACUGCAACAUAAGCAGUUACUCGUCUGUAAAUCCUGACUACGAUGAAGUAAUUUCUCCUGGAUCUGAAGUCGAGGUGGAGAACAAUUUAUUUGAAAUGAACUAUUGCCAUAGCUGUCCUUUAUUCUGCCCAUCAGAAAAAGAUGAAUUUAUUCCUUUUGAUCCACCAUUGGUUUCCAAAUAUGGUCCAAUAUCAAGGUGCUCAAAGAGUCUCAUACGGGGUCCUAUGCCUAUUCAAGUUAAUGCUGUCUCUCAGAUGGGAGAACUUACUAGUCCGACAUCUGUUGUAAGGCAUCCUUUGCCAUCAGCAUCGUUUGCUCCAUCAUUUUAUGCUGCGACUUCGCCAAUUCCACUGGCAAUAAUAUCUGAACAGCAUUUGCCAAUUAUCGAUUCUGCCUCAGUUAUAGUUCCUGUUGCUGUGUGUCCUCCAGAAGAAACAGAUGUGAUAAGAAUGAAUGACAUGGAGAGUUUUAACUCAGCAGAGAAUCAUAUACAGAACAAUAUAUAUGAAUUGCAGCAGAUGAAUGAAGUUGAACCAAAUAUGGAUCUUUUGAGAGAAAGAUUGUGGGAAAUAGAAGAAACAAUUCAAGAGAAAGAGCAAGCAAUGGCUAAGCCUGGUAUGCAUUAUACUGGACACUCAUUGAAACAGAAGUACAAUUUUAAAACCGGUGGAACAGUGCCUACAUCCAUUGGACCAUGGCCAUCUCAAACUCUGGAAAACUUUCCUGUAAAAAAUACUGAGGCUGAUUAUGAAAAUAAAGUUGGGAAAGAAAUAAAUGAUGUAGGCCAACAGUGGUUAGAAGUUUUAUGUCUGGAAGAAGAUGAUGUGUGGAUAGAAGAAAAUAAUGAAUCUCCAAAGACGCAGGACAACUAUCAAACAUUGAACUGUUAUUAAGAAAUUAGUGUUUCUUCCAAUUUUCAUACCUGGCUUCCAUAUGAAUGAAUAUCUGUUAUUUAGAAUUAUUAAAAAUAUGAAAAUCAAAUAUGCAUUAUAUUAUUCAUCCAUUUUCACAUAUUUCUGCUUUUGGUUGUAUCAUCUUCUAUGCAUAUAUAAACUGGUACUGGAAAGAGUUUGAAAAUGUAAUUUUGUUGUUUAUUUAGCAUUUAUUGAUUAGACUAAUUCUGUGUUGCCAUCUAUGUUGCAAUAAAAUAUUUAGCCUAAACUUUUUCAAAUUAUUAUUUAAUUCUGGUUCUUGAUCAAAAGGCACUGAGAGUGUUCCUGUUUUUAAAGCAGAAAUUUGUAUUCAUAAUCUGAAGCAUGUUAAUUGCAUACAUCUUGCAGAUAUUUGAAUUGUAUUCCCAUGUUUCUGCUUUGUGGAGUGCAGUGUGUAUAAAAAUACUACUAAUUUACAUAUCAUUUUGGUAUUUCUACUUACUGCAUUAUUUGUAUUUUUAAUAAUAUCCUUAAAAAAUGUGACUUAUUACUUCACCCCUGCUUUAAUAUUGGCAUUAUUAAUAUAGCAUCAGGAAAUUUUGAAAAUUUUAGUUCAUCUUGUUCCUUUGCUUUUUCAGAAAGACGGCUAAUUUUUAAUUAAAUAAUUCAGCACUUUCUGAUUAUGCACGCCCCUUACCGAAAAGCCAGUAACUCAUUGCCGACUAAUUUUUCACCAACCUAAUGCAUGAAAGGCAACUACUAUUUUCAAAAUUGUGGCAUGCAAAAAUUCCAUGCAAGAGUAAUCAAUUAGUCAAACUGAAAAAGUUAAAAACAUAGGUAAUAAAACAUGUUUUUCAAGAAAUUCUUCUUUUUUGCACUAUUAUUCUUCCCACAUAGAAAGCGAUCUGUUUUCCCAUUAAACUCGAUUCCAUACAACUUCUGUAUUGCUCACCAGUGAAAAUAGAUGUUCGCUACGCACAGAUUUGGGUUGCUACAUAAAUACCUUUUGGUAACAUUGUGGGUUGCCACAUAAAUAUUUUGGCAACAUAAUGCUUUGCCUCAUGAAUACUUCUUUAUGAAUUUUCAGUAGGGAUGUGGAUAAUCAGAAAGUACAUAUUUUCAUAACUUUAAGUCACUUAUAUGAAAACAUCAAGAAAACAUUUAUUACCAUAUUUAAACAUCAAGUAAUCAAAUGUUUACUUAAAGUUUUCAGUAAUUACAAUAGCUUUUGUAUGUAUAAAUAUUAACAUUAUGGAUAAUCAUCUGUGUAUAGUAUAUUCUGAAAAUUUUAUAAAACAAGUUUCAUGAGUAUUGACGGUAUAUUUGAGAGCAUUUAAUAUACAAUUAAAAUGAACAUAUUAUUUUUAAGAAGAAUUACAAAAGUUUUAAAAAGUAAAAUAAUACUUGCAUUUUGAGUUGCUGAAAAUGUGAUAUAAUUUAGAAUUCUGUGAUAUCUUACUUUCAUGAAAAUCCUGUACAUUAACCCCCUGAUUUAAAUAUGUAAUGCAUUUCAUAACCUUUACAUAAAAAUUUGAUUUGCGUAAAUUCAAGUUUUGGAAUUGUUCACUCUGUAUAAGGAAACCGCAAUAUUUAUUAUUAUUAUAUGUAUAUAUCUGUUUAUAUAUGUCUAUUAUUUAACUAUAUUGCUUUGUGAAUGAAACAUUGCCAUAUGAGUGGCUGAAUAAUUAAAACCACUGAAUAUGGUUACAUUACACAGCCCAGGUUCAAAAAGUCUGGCUGCAAGAUUGGUUUUCCUGAUUUUCUCCAUGUGUAGUGAAAAUAUGAGCAUUUCCCUUAAAAUGGCCUCCAUGAAGGCAUCCAUCUCUUUAGACAGAUAGCAAUCACGUGCUUUGCCAUAUUCAAAUAACUUAAACAUUAUGCAGCAGUAUUUAUUCAGAUAUAAACUGCAAAAAUAAUGUAAAAACAAAGUAAAUAGCUUUUUUAAAUUUAAAAAAAAAAGUCUUGUGUCUGUUAAUUUGGCUGUGUAUUGAAGGAGUUGGCAUUGAAGAUAAGUGGUUGUGAAGAGAAGUGCUGUUCUCUGGCAACCUGUACUCCUCAUUGCGGUAGAGAAUGAGUAGUAGUCAGGGUUGUAAGAGUUAUCAUCUUGACAUUGCUACAACUGGCAUCUUAUAAACAUGUCUAGAAUAGAUUGUGUGGUCUUGUAUUAUCACAUACUUCUUAUCAUCAUGGAAUGCUAGACAUAUUGAAAUAGGUACAGCUGCUAGAGUAUUUUCAGUUAUUUAAAAGUAAACUCUAACAGUUUCAGCAGCAAACUCUUAACAGUAAUAAUAAUAAUAAAAAAAAUUUUUAAAAAAAUGUGCUUAAACUAACUGCAGAAUAUUGCUUAAAUGUAAGAAAUAUGGGCAGGGAAAGGUGAAAUUAUUUACAGAAUCCUUAUUUUUAACUGGUAGGUUUCAGUUUGAAUGUUGUGGCUUUUGCACACUUAUAUAAUUGCAAAUUCAUGUAAGUGAUUUAUUACGUAAAUCAGGAGGUUACUGUAACAUAAAUUUGGUACAAAUGCGACAUCAUAAAAGAAAAUUAAUGGAAAAUUAUUCAGUUCAUUCUGUCAAGAAUACAUCUAUCAUCAUUUCCUGAAAUUUUCAGGAAUGUUGCACAUUAUUAGCAUUAUCCAAUAUGUUCUUUUAAGAAAAAUCUAUGAUCAUUUCCUGAUGUUCCCAGGAAUCUUGGAGAGAAUUUUAACAAAUAUUUAAAAAUUAUAGUUAAAAGUUUAUAAUUGGUGUAUUUCAGAAUGUCUCCUUUUAAUUAGGUUGCAUCCUUAUUUUAUGUAUCACAUUACCAUUGUGAAGUAUUAUGUGAUACCUGUGCAGACACCAAAAAUUAUGUUGUCAGUUUGUUAAUCUGUAAUGAAUUGCUGUGUUAUAACAGUUUCUAUUUUGAUGAAACAUAUUGGACGUAAUUAUUUGAAGAUGAAUUUCUAAUAAUGUGAAAACUUUAAUGUUAUAUUUAUUCGUUAAAAUUUACAUUAAAUUUUAUAUUUUAGGAUUUUGGUGGAAAUGAACUUUUGAGCAUUUUUAAUGUAUUUCCCUGUGUGUGGUGACUUGGUGCGUAUGCUGUAAACUAAAAAAUGUCACGCUUAUAAAUAUGAAAGAUUUCUGCCAGAAUUCUAUGCAAUCAUUAACUUUGUUUAAAAAGUUUUAAAUGGAUCUUUUAUGAUCUUUUAUGUAUAUAUAAUUUAUUGAGCUAUAAAAUAAAGCUAAUUUGAAAAUGCA